GUUAUGACAAACAGUGAGUACCAACAAGGGCUGACCCAGAAAGCCAGUCCACCAGCGGAAGUGGCUACCUUCGAUGAUGUCAUCACAUCAGAGGUCGUGUCGAGGUCGCCAGAACCUGGAAGAAAAGAGGAACCUGAAAAAGUAGAUCAAAAAGGCGGCGGGAAAGAAAGAAAAGGAUUAUCGGCCCGGAUUUCAAAACGUUUAAUGAAUCUUUUUCAGAAACAUCCAACAAGCACUCCCGCUAUUUUGGAUUCUGCGCAGACAGAAGUUCAAGAGAAAAGUUCAAAAGCUUCCGGAAAAAAGGAUCACGGGAAGAAAGCCACUCGACAGAGCUCGUUUACCGGACGACUGAUGACGUCGGUAUCCGAGUGGCGACGAAAACCCCCGAAUCCAGUCAAAGAUGUCCCCCGGAGCAGAAAACACAAGAAGCCAGAUAUCGAGGAUAAGGUCGAGCCACAAAACAACAACACACGACGAGUGCCGAUUUUUGUGUCACCGCAAGAUCAAGUUGAGAUAGUGGAAGAUGCUCCCACUGGCAUUCGACAAGAACAGAAAAUCAUUCUUAAAGAAUCCUGGUCAGUGAUCAAAUCCGAUGUUGAAGAAGUUGGCGUGGAGACUUUCAUGGGUUUAUUCCACACUCACCCGGACUCCAUCGACUCAUUCAUGGCCUUCAAGGACAAGGCGGUGGAGGACAUCGAAAAGAGCGCGGUCCUUAAAGCACACGCUUUGCGAGUCAUGCAGACUGUGGAUAAAUGCAUCACAAGACUUGAUGACGUAGACAAGAUGGCGACUAUUCUCUGUCAGCUAGGGAGGCGCCAUGUUGGAUACAAAGCAAAUGCCAGUCUGGUUCCGAUGAUUGGCAAACAGUUCAUUUCAGCCAUCGAGCCAAAGAUGGCGGACAAGUGGUCAGACGAGGUGGGCAAGGCGUGGGACUGCCUGUUCAACAUCAUCAAUUACAACUUGCGACGAGGAAUGAUGCAAGAGAAGCACCGACUGCAGGACGAGACCAAUGCCAAACAGAAGAAGUAG